AUGGACGGUGACACUUCCAGCAAGUUUGUUCCUGAAUACAGGAGGACAAACUUCAAGAAUAAGGGUAGAUUCUCUGCUGAUGAAUUACGUCGUCGUAGAGACGUUCAACAAGUCGAGUUGAGAAAAGUCAAGAGGGAUGAGGCAUUAGCAAAAAGAAGAAAUUUCAAUGCGCCUGUUGGUAACGAUUCUGAUGAUGAAAAUGAUGAUGAUGACGAUCAGGACUCCUCUUUCUACAGACAAUUACAACAGGAGUUGCCUGCUAUGUUGGAACAAAUCCAUUCUAACGAUCUACAACAACAGUUGGCUGUGACGGUCAAGUUUAGACAAGUCUUGUCUAGAGAACACAGACCACCUAUCGAUUUGGUUAUCAGUACUGGCGUAGUGCCAACCUUGGUCCAAUUCAUGAGCGAAAAUCAACCUGAGAUGUUGCAAUUGGAAGCUGCUUGGGCGUUGACGAACAUUGCUUCUGGUACUUCUGAGCAGACUAGAGUCGUCGUAGAUGCGGGUGCUGUGCCAUUAUUCAUUCAAUUAUUAUAUUCAAACUCGGUUGAAGUGAAGGAACAAGCUAUUUGGGCCUUGGGUAACGUUGCUGGUGAUUCCACCGAUUAUAGAGACUACGUUUUGCAAUGUGGUGCCAUGCAACCAAUUCUAUAUUUGUUCGAAUUGAACAAGACUUCCUUGAUUAGAACAGCUACGUGGACUUUAUCUAACUUGUGUCGUGGUAAGAAACCUCAACCAGAUUGGUCUAUCGUGUCUCAAGCUUUGCCAACUUUGUCUAAGCUAAUCUACUCCAUGGAUACUGAAACGUUAGUCGAUGCUUGUUGGGCUAUCUCAUAUCUUUCCGAUGGCCCGGUUAAUUCGAUCCAAGCGGUAGUAGAUGCUAGAAUCCCAAAGAGACUUGUAGAACUACUAUCCCACCAAUCUACGUUAGUGCAAACCCCUGCUCUAAGAGCUGUAGGUAACAUUGUCACAGGUAACGAUUUGCAAACUCAGAUCGUUAUCAACUGUGGAGCCUUGGCAGCUCUAAGAAAUCUAUUGGCUUCUCCAAAGGAAUCCAUAAGAAAGGAAGCUUGUUGGACCAUCUCUAAUAUAACCGCUGGUAAUACGGAACAGAUUCAAGCCGUUAUUGAUGCUAACUUAAUUCCACCAUUAAUCAGAUUGUUGGAAACUGCAGAAUAUAAGACAAAGAAAGAAGCAUGUUGGGCCAUCUCGAAUGCCUCUUCUGGUGGGUUACACAAGCCAGAAAUUAUCAGAUAUUUGGUCAGUCAAGGCUGUAUAAAACCAUUGUGCGAUCUAUUAGAGAUUGCUGAUAACAGAAUCAUAGAGGUUACACUAGAUGCUAUAGAAAAUAUUUUGAAGAUGGGUGAAAUGGAUAGAGAAGUCAGAGGUAUUGCCGUGAACGAAAAUGCUGAUUUCAUUGAGAAAGCUGGUGGUAUGGAAAAGAUCUUCAAUUUACAGUCUAAUGCUAACGAAAAAAUUUACGAAAAGGCCUUCAAGAUCAUUGAAAAGUACUUUAGUGAUGAAGAUGAUGUUGUUGAUGAAUCUAUGGCUCCACAAACAGCUGGUAACACUUUUGGAUUUGGAUCAAAUGUCAACCAGCAAUUCAACUUCAAUUAA